AUUUAUCGCGAGACCAGAUCGUUUACGCCAUGACGUCAGACGUUAGCGUAUCGGUUCCCUGGCAACAAGUAGAGGCUAUGGGCCCGAAGCGGCUGUUGCUCCAGCUCCUGCUAUUGCUGCAGGCGCGGUGGGGGGCUGGGACCCCUCGCCCGACCGCGGGGAUCGGCCCCGGGCCCGCCAGCCCGACGGCGGCGGAUGGCCCCGGGCCCGCCACCGAACCUGGUGGCCUGACGCCGGGGAGAAGUUCAGGCCCCGGACCCCCCAGCCCAGAGGGAGGCAGCUCCGCGGAGCCGGAGCCCAGCGCGACUCCAGGAGUCCAGGGAGACCCAUCCGCUCCCGAAGCCUGUUUGCCCACCUGUAUCUGCAACCUGCAUUCUGGAUCCUGUGACAUAAACUGCUGCUGUGAUACUGACUGUUACCUUGGCUGUGAUCUGGGGGACUCAAGGGCUACCUUCUCCUUUUGUCUUCCAGGCAGCACCAGAAUUGUGAGCCAAAUGUGCGUGGAGAAGUCUCUUAUUUUCAGAAAUAACACCCCUCAUCACACUGAAAUCGUCACUGACCCCAGCGGAUAUCAGUCUCUGUUCUGUGUGCAGCUGAGUGAUUCAAAGUUGAACUAUUUCCAGCAGCCGCAGAAAGUUAAAAAAUCAAAUUUCUCUGUGUUCUUGGCACAGUAUGGCGGACCAUCAUUUAUUCCACAAUCACAAGACCAGCCAUCUUCCUCUGCCUUUUACCGGGCUGGUGAUCCAAUCCAGACCUACUUUGCUGCAUCGUCUAUACUGAGCACACUAAGACAGCCAGUGGGAAUGGGUGCCAAUGGACUUUGUAUUGAUGGGAAUCAUGCUGGUUUCCUGGAGAGUAAAAGCACAAGCUGUACUCGGACCUUCACCAACCUGAGCAGCAGCUGCACCACUGAUCCUACCCUGGACGCAGCCUCAUAUUACCGUGACUUCACUAUACUAAAGGUUAGAAUCACCCCUGUCACACAGCCUGGAGCUCCCCAGAUGGAUGGUAACACCUGUCACAAUGUUGUUUCUGAGGUGAUCUAUGAAAUAGAGUUCAAUGGGACCCAUGGAAUCCAGAAUGUCUCUGUCCAGCUGAAAGUGACCAGUGUCUCUGGGAACUCUCUACAGCAGCGGUUCACACUGCAGUUCUGGCAGAGCAGGACCCCUUCAUAUACCUUGCCAAGAAGCGGAAACCCUGGUUAUAUCAUUGGGGCACCACUCUUGUCUCUAAACAGUGGUACCAGGCAGCAAGUGACUAUCUUACAGAGCCAGGGUGAUGGAAUAUGCUGUCAGACUCUCAGGUACAAGGUACAAUUUGGAAUGAAUGUGAGAACAAGCUGCCAUCUCAGCAUAUCCCAAACAAUGGAAGAUGGAAACUGUAGCUACUUUCAGGAGAAGCUGUACCAGGCCCUCCAAGGGGUGAGCAGCCCACAGGCUCUGGCCAUAAUUGGCAGUGCUGAGCCAACCCAGAGAGAUCAGUGGACCAGCCUCAUUGUCCGGAACUGCAGCAUGCAGGCUGGGAAUUGUGCCUCCUGCUGUAUGGUUCCUGUGUCCUUGAAGAUCCAGGUAUUGUGGGCUGAGGUGGGUCUCCAGUCCAACCCACAAAGUCAAGUGCUGGGAGCACGGUAUUCGUAUCAGUGUCAGUCUCUGAAGUCCCUCAGCAUGACUAUGGUGCCUUUGACAACCGUCGUUGCCUUCACUGACAUGACAGAAUGGCCAGAGCCUCCGCGUAGCCAGCCCAGCACGUACUGGAAAAUCCCAUUUGACUUCUUUUUCCCCUUCAAGGUUGCACUGAAUGGGGGGAUAAGCUGUCAAGGAGACCUGGCUGGUGCUUUCCUGAUGUCUCUCACAUUCUGCAGCAUUCUCAGCUUCUGAAGAGAAUGAAGUCUGGUGCUCUGCUCCUCAUGGCAACAUUUAUGCCCAGAUAGUACCAGAGAGCUCACUCCAUCCUGCUGUAUCCUGGUGUCAUAUCUGGUGCCUGUUCCUCACCUGGGUGAGACAAUAUGAGAGAUACAGUGACCUAAAUGAUUCCUCUUUGUUCUUGUGAACAGCAAAGAAAGUAUUUAUCUGACACCUAGAGAAGGCAGGUGUUUCAGAGAAUCCUGUUAAUGUAAUGGUACAGUCAGAAUAUGAUGCAGACCAAAGACUCUUCUAUUCUGUUCAGGUUCUCACCCUGUGCCUAUCAUCAUGCUAUCCCUGUUCCUUCCUGUAGUGCAUUGUGACAUGAUUAACAUCUGCCACCUGUGAUUCUUCCAUGUCUACAAUCCCUUUAUGCAGAUUUGUGAAGGUCAACCCAGCGUUGCUCAUAGGGGAUGGGAGGGCAGAAGGAGCAGUCUUUGUGGAACAAAGAGGAGAGAGGGAAUGAAAAGGAACUCUCUUUAUUCUGUCCCCUACAAGAAGGAAAAGUCCCUUCUGAGCUGAGCAGUAUGGAGAGAAGUGUGCUUUCAUUUCUAGUUUCCCUCCCUAUUGGUGGGGAGUCUGGAGCUCACUUGUUCAGCUCCCUGUUACAGAAGAGCCUCAUCUUUCCAUGUGGAAUUGUAAAUCAUACAUUUUAAAUCUGAUAUAAUUUAUCCAGUGAUAGUUUCUAUUGAAACCAUCAGUGCCUCUGUGACUGUCUUUAGAAUGUAUGCCUUUGUUAGGGGAUCUAAAUUAUUAUUCAGUGAGUGGUAUUAUAAUGACCUAUCUACUCAUCUCCUCUGGCCCAUUGUAAAUAAGCUGGCCUUCUGCAUUUGUGUCAAUCUUUAUCUCUUAUUUUUGUGUUAAUCUCUUCAAAUAAAAUUAUCAAUUGAACAUGCA